ACUCUAGAUAAUAGCAAAACCAAACCUUGUGACCAAAUUCUGGUGGAAGACUUUUCGGAAUAGGGGUUGGAUUGGCAAAAUAUAAUUUACAAUAAACCUCUUAAAGUAUCAAAUUAUUUAAAUAUGCAUUCAAUGCAUCGGAAUCUCUUUCUACUAUGCAUCUACAUUUUUAUAUUUGUCUCCAGUAGAAUAUCGGCUGAUCAAGUGCCUGCUGCUCUGUGGAAUAUUAAAGGUGAUGCACUACAUGUAGUUCCAGCUUCUGCACUUGGUAAAGAUGAUAGGAUAUUUGAUAAUUCUUUGAAAGAAGUUGUAAAUAGUGGUGCCAAAAUUCUUGUAUUUGUACUGGAUAAAUUAAGUUUAGAAGAUUUUUCUGCAGGGGAGAAGCCUCUAUCUCAGAAUGAUACUAUUCAAAAUCUUCAACAAUUCUUAGAUCAAGAAAAGUAUAUGUUUCUUUCAUCUGUAAAAGAUCCAUUGAGCCGAAUCCAUGAAGUACAUUGUGGUGUACAAGAAAUUGCUGUCGAUGGAAACAUAGAUGAAAAUUUACUGUCCAUAUCUUUAGCUUUUGAUAAAUCAUGUGUUGUAAUUCUUCAUAUCACAGAUGCUGGUGUUGCAGGACUUAGAGGAAAGAUGUUCAAACCAUCAUUCAAAAAGGAUUAUUCAGAUAUAGUUGGCAUUUUCACGGGUAUAAAAUCAUCCUGGGUGGGCAUGAAGGAUGAUCACUAUUAUUCUCGAAACCUAUUAGAGUUUGACACAGCAGAAUUAGAUGCUGACCCAAACUUUCUAAAUUUUACUGGAUGUCUACUUGUAUAUGCUGAAAAUGCUACACUUGGUAUAGAUAACAAAACUAUUGUCCUACCAUUUCCUUAUGAUUAUGAAGGUUCUGAAUGUGGUAAUGAUACUGCCUUGUUGCAAAUGAAGUUCAAGACAAGUGAUGAAAAAUAUUCAAGUGUUGUUGUUAAGUUCAAUUUUACUAACAUACUAGGAUCGUACUCAACACAAGUAGCUCUGGAAGCUGGCGACGUAUUUACUGAUCUCAAUGCUAAGGAUUUGGAAGCUCCUCUUGAUUUUUCCUUCAGUUGUGGAAAUUAUGUACUUCAAAAUAAAAAUAUGACCGAGGCUAUUUUGGUUAAACUGACUUUUAAUAGAUUUCAGGUUCAACCAUUCAGAGUAAAGGAUAAAUUUAGUGAGAGUUUUGAUUGUAUUACCUGGUUUACUGUUCCUAUUUGGAUGGGAGUAUUUAUAUCAUUAAUACUAAUAGUCAUUGUGAAUGUUGGUGUAUACGCUUUGUCUUCUAUCCAUACAAUGGAUCGAUUUGAUGACCCAAAAGGCAAAACUAUUACUGUUGCAGCUGGUGUUGAUUAAUUUAUUAUUCAAUUUAGUGAUGUGUAAUAUUAACCAAGAGAAUGUUUCAACUAAGUUGGGACUUUAUUAUUUAUAAAACUAGUCUACUGUUCCAAAUUGUUUUUUUUUUUUUUAUGUAUAUGUCUGUUAAGAUUUGCAUUACAUGUGUACUCGAUAGUUGUCUCAAAUGACUACACAAAAUUAUGUAGCUUAAGCUUGUAAAUUUAAUAAAUGAUUUUUAUAAUUUAUUAUAAAAUUCAAAUUUAUAAUUUAUUAUAAAAUUUAUGAACUAUUUUUAAAUUACCAUCUACAACUUUUAUUUAUGCCAAUUUUAAACUUAAUUCCUUUAGAAUUUAAGAUUAGAUUAAACUUACGAGUCUAUGUAUUUGUUUAAAAAAAGGUUUGACAUAAUCAUGGUUAAUAAAAUGUAUUUAUAAAAUAAAAGUAUUUGCCAUUUGAAUAUUACAGAAGUUAAGCAUAUGAUAUCAAUGUAAUUACAUAUGACUUUAUACUUGUAAACAUCUAGAACAAACAGAGUAUGUAUGUGUCGAUUAAUAGGUGUCAUGUUCUUUAUAUUAUUGAAUGGUAGGAAAGGUAUUAAAGGAUUUUUUUGUAUUGUUUAUUACAUAAGUAAAUGAAUUUUUUAGGUUUUUGUAAAGUCAAUAAAACAUUCCUACUUUGUUCGAAAAUAAUUUUUUAUAAAUUUAGCUCUGUGUCCUUGACAAAUUCAUCUAUUCAUUGUAUGUAUAUAUUGAUGUUACGGCUUUGAAAAAUUAUCAUUAAAAUCAUGAUUCAUUAUGAUGUUUUUUUAUUUUAAUUUUAUUUGUUGAUAUCUCUGGAGGUGCUUGAUCCUAAGUAUAUUUUUGUUGAAGGCAUUCAUGAAAUAGAUAAAUAGUGAUGUACAGACUAAUUUUGCAAUCAUUGAAUUUUUUUAUAUAUAUAUAAUCUGUCUUCAAUUUGAACUAUUACAAAAAGUUAAAAAUUGUUCAAUGAAACAGUUUACUAUUUCAUGUUGUUUCAAGAAUAAAUUCCUUGUUUCUUAAUUUCCUGAAUACUUUACUCUUUCACAUAUUGAAAUAAAAUAUUUAUAAUCAGAUUAACCUUGUUAAAAUUAUGCUUCUCAAUUUUAUAACUUGAGUUUUUUUUUUCAUCCAUUUUCAUAAAUAUUAUUGGUAUCAGGUUGUAAUAUAUGUUUGUAAGUAUAUAUAAUAUGUAGAUUUAAAUUAUAUUCAAGAGUAAAUGAAUUGUGUUGCAUUUUAUGUUCCUCAAUAAAGUCCUAUAGAUACA